UGACAACUCCACGAGUCACAAUUUCACUGAUACAUCGUGCUCACAAAUUAGAAGCUUGAGUCUUCUCACUUCUCAUUGAUUCUCAAGACUUAGAAGCUCGCAAUUUCACUCUCCGCUCACAAGUCUUACAAAACUCAGUCGCUCACUGCCUCCAUUUCACUCUCAGAAUUACAACUCUGCUCACGCGCUCACGAUUUCUCAAUCUCUGCAAUUGUCUUUGGUGAAAGUAUCAUGGCUGAAAAUAUCAUAACUUGUAAGGUUGUUGGUGAAAGUGGAGCUUCUAAUUCAAAUGCAAUAGGUCAAACUCAAACUGCUCAAUCCAAAGUAAAGAAAGAAAGGAAAAAAAGAUCUCGUGCAUGGGAUUAUUUUACUUGUAAAGCUAAUUCUGAUGAAAAUGAUAAGGGUGUUUGUAACUAUUGUAAGCAAGAGUAGUUUGCUGACACAAAAGAACAUGGUACAACGGCAAUGAUUGGUCAUAUACCUAAAUGCAAGAAAAUGCCUUAUAAUAUUGAUAUUAAACAAUCAAAAUUAGCAUUUCAACCAGUGAUAUGGGGUAACAAGGGUGAUGUAGCUGUUGUUCCAUGGAAAUUUGAGCAGGAAGAGUGUAGGAAGGCUUUGUGUCGUAUGAAAAAGAAGAAGCAUAAAUAGGCACUGAAAGCCAGACCCGUGUUUGUGAUUAGAGCCACGGGUGGCUGUAUCACAGUAAACUGAGCAAAGGCAACUGAGACCGAGAGGAUGGAGAAUACUACGAGUGUAUUGCCACUAGUCUGCAAAAUCAUUCACAUACCUGAAAAGUCAUCCUUUCUUCCUCAUCUCCAACCCACAGUUAACGUGCUUGCUUCUUUCAUUGAACCCAAAGAUGCCAAUACUCUAGUCAGGAAGUUAAAUAAGAUUGCACCACUGGAAAAUUUGCAACAUGUGAAGCGUGUGCAGAAGAAAAGCAUUGAUGGGGGGAAACCUCAAUUAUCUCUGCUUUUAUGUAUGACUGUUGGAAAUGAUGGUGGAGAUGAUUGCAUGCCAUACGAGAUUCUUGAACUUGUCAAAUCAUACCAGUUGAGUACUUUCAUCACAAAAGUUUGCAAAUAUGCUGCAACAUCAAAAGAAGAAUGGGACGAACAGUGCAAGCUCUGGCCUACUUCGUAUCAUCCGCCAACCUACAACAUCAGUGGCAUAACUGGAUUUAGUGAAGAGGAGUCGCAAUCAGUUGUCGGUUUCAUGAGACACACCAUUAACUUGGCAACAUCUUCUAUUGGUCAGGUGGUCAAUGCUGCUGUUAUUGUAGAUCCUUCAACUAAGCAGGUCAUUGCAAGUGCUUGUGACCAGGUAAUAUCCUCGGCCAGUCUUGCAAAUGGGGUCAGCAAGGAAGGUAGCUGCUCGAACUAUCUAGAAAACCUCAAAGCCUCUAAUUUGGAAAACCAGCAAAUGUCACUUUUGGAUGGUUCAAUUAGUGAAUUUAAACCUAUAACUGACAAUGUUGCUUGUGUACAUCCUUGGCAAUGGGCACUGCAAAACUCUAGUUGCUGGCAUCCUUUGCGGCAUGCGGCUAUUGUAGCCAUUGAAAAUUCUGCUGCCAGGGAUCUACAACUUUUUCCUGAUCACAAAGCUCUAUCUCCUUUGAAAAGACAGAAGAUCGAGGAGUCUGGCUUCCAAAGCAAUGGCCAUAGUUAUCAAUCGCUCAGACCUUAUCUAUGUACUGGAUAUGACAUUUAUCUGGCCUGGGAGCCAUGUGCAAUGUGCGCAAUGGCGCUUGUACAUCAAAGAGUUAGACGGAUAUUUUUUUCUUCCCCAAAUUCCAGUGUUGGUGCACUAGGAAGUGUUCACAGAUUGCAAGGGGAGCGGAGCUUAAAUCACCAUUAUGCUGUUUUCAGGGUCGUGCUGCCUGAGGAGGUGUUCAGGAAUAAAGUUGUAGAUGGAAAGACUUCUGGAAGUGGUUGAAACAAACACUAAUCAGCUUUUUGGGGAGUCUUUAAAAAUUAAAGAUGAAUGACAAGUGACAUGUUACCAACGAUUCAACAAACCAAGAAUGGUUCUUAUAUGUGGAUUAUCCGGAGGGGAAAAUUACUGUCAGCAUUAACCAGGAGAUUGAAGUCACGAAAGAGAAGAAACUGUUCCAAUGAAUCAAAAUUUGGUUCACCAAUACUUAUCCAUGUUUAGCAAGAUAUGCCGAGCUGAGUACGAUAUCCCACAACAUUUCUGGAUGGGAGUUUGAAUCGAUUACAUAUGGAAUUUUUUAAUAUCAAGAUUUGAGAAUAGAUUUGGGUAGUGCAUUUGAUUAAAAGUUAUGUAACCAUUAAAUUACUCUGAAGAUUUUUUCAUCUGGAGUUUUCUGAUGGUUCCGAAGUGGGUGAUUUUAACAUUCAUAUAAAUAUUUCACCUGUGCAACAGUAUGAAGGCCAGAUUUGCUGGUAGAAAACCAGUUUCAGAGAGCCAAGAAAAGAAGAUUGUGGAAGGACAAUAACAUUGUCAAGCACAUCUUGGUAACUUUCUUCUUUUACUGGAUUUUUAAAUGGAUAUUGUUUGAACUAGCUGUGGAAACAACAUCUUGCAGAAAUGCAGGGUCUGGCCCUUGUGGUAUGUACAAUAGGCCCUUGUGGUCUGACCCUUCUCUGGACCCUGCACAUAGCAAGAGCUUAGUGCACCGGGAUGCCCUUUUUUAGGUCACAUAGCGCACCCAGGCAAAGAGUGCAGUUUGAGAAAAUUGGUUCGACAAAGUAUGUUGAUGGACUUGUGGAUGCAGACACAAAUUCAGAGAAUAGUUGGAGAUCGCUUGGUAACUUCAGGAACAAAGCAAAACCAGGAUCAGGUCAAUCAGACCGAGUAGGGAGACCUGAUCAUCGCAGUACUGUCCAUUCCAGCUCUCCCUUUGGCCAGAGACAAUAGAGAAAUGCUUCCUUUAGGCUUGCUGUACAAAUUCUAGUAGUAAAAAUCAACCUUGGUCUCAAUGUGACCUAAGGUAAGUACUUGCCAAGUUGAUCAAGACUUGUGUUUGUAAAGUGAAAAUAACAGGUUGCAAUUAUCUUGUUUGAUGGUCGUUUAAGUUGUUAAAUUUUGCCUGUGGCAAUGUUUGAUAAAAUGUAGCAAUCAUAUAUUUCCGGAAAGUUCUCAUCCCACAUACUUU